AUGCGAUUCUCCGCCAGUACCAUUCUGGCAUUGUCAGCCACUGUUAUUGCCCUACCGAUCUACGAAGAUCCGGUAUCGAUCCAAGCGCUUGAGAGCAUUCCGGAAAGUCUUACUCAAACCAAGACACUCGGUCAACGUGAUACAACUGAGAUUGUGUCCGAGCUUCUGGAGACGAAGAAUGGUCUUGGUCUUCCUGCUGGUUUGAAGCGGGAAGUUACGCCCGAUGUCCUGACGGAAAUUCUAGGGGAAACGGAUGGUAUUCCUGUUGGUUUGAAGAGGGCGCUCACACCUGAGGCUGUAUCAGAGCUUCUAGAGACGAAGAAUGAUCUUGGUCUUCCUGCUGGUUUGAAGCGGGAAGUCACGCCCGAUGUCCUGACGGAAAUUCUUGGUGAAACGGACGGCCUUCCUGCUGGUUUGAAGAGGGAGCUCACACCAGAUGUUGUGUCCGAGCUUCUCGAGGCGAAGAAUGGCCUCCCUGCUGGCCUCAAGAGGGACAUCACGCCCGAUGUCGUGGCAGAACUUCUGGGGGAAACGGACGGACUUCCUGCUGGCCUCAAGAGAGACAUUACACCAGAUGUUGUGAAUGAGAUUCUUGAGACUAAGAAUGGUCUCCCUGCUGGCCUCAAGAGAGAUGUCACCCCUGAAGUCGUAACAGAGCUUCUCGAAGGCGAGAACGGCCUUACUGCUGGUCUUAAGAGGGACGAGACUAAGAUCGUGGAGGAACUUCUCGAAAAUAAGAACGGCCUUCCUGCCGGUCUUAAGAGGGACGAGACUGAGAUCUUGGAUAAGCUUCUCGAAGGCGAGAACGGACUUCCGACUAUCCUUAAGAGGGACGAGACUGAGAUCUUGGAUGAGCUUCUCGAAGGCACGAACGGUCUUCCUGUCGACGUCAAGCGAGACCCAGGUUGCCCUACAGCAUCCGGAAAGUGCCUGUGGAAGAAGCAACCCUCCCUCAUGACCAGAGUCUGGGCGUGGAAGCGUGAGGCAUUGAACAAGAGAAUUGUACCAGUCGACGGAAGCAUCCUCCCACUUGAUGAGAGCACUUCGAAGUUCCACGAUAUGACUUCGUGA